AUGGUUUACAAUCUUUUUAAAAAUAAAGGUCGGGUAGUGAUCGAUAACACUCCUGAAUUCUUAAAUUUUUGUAAAAAUAGUAAUGGUCUAGUUUUUUGGGGUCCUUAUGGUUCAGGUAAAACAGCUUUAAUGGCUUUAUUGGCUCAUGAGUUACCGGAAGAAAAUAAAUACGCUUCUUUUCCUUGUAAUUUACCUUGGAUGGAACGAGCCCAAGUGGAUUUUGCUCACCAACCCACGGCCUCUUUAGGGGUUAAAGAAGUAGUUUUUUUAGAUGAGAUUAAUUUACUAUUCCGUGGUAAUGAAUUCCAAAAAGCUCAGCAAAUGCAGCGGUUUUUGUCCCAUUUUUUUGCUUUAAGUCGGCAUCAAGGAACUAAGAUUUUUAUUAACGGGCAAAGGUUAGGGCAGGUGUGGAUAGAAUUGCGAGAGGUGGCUACUGCGGUUUGUAAUGUCUCCCUUUUGCAAAAAAUUGAGGAGGGAAUUUAUGUCCAAGUGGAAAUUUGGCAAGCGAAAGGAAAGUUAAAACGAGUUGAACCUAACAUUAUCCGCUCUAAUAGCAUUAAGGCACUGUUGCAUGGUCUUUCUGAAGAGAAAUUAGAAUUAUUUUCAACUUUAGUAGAGAAAAAGCCCAACAGUUUAGAAAAGUUGGCUGAUUAUCUACAUCGUGAUUACCAGAACGUAAAAAAGGAUGCGGAAAUUUUAGCAUCUUGGGGCAUUAUCGAAUUGCAAGAAGAAAAACCAAUUGCCCUUUACGAGAAAAUUACUUUGGAAUUCCCUACUUACCAAGAGCCAGUAGUAGUAAAUGAAAAAAGAAGAGAAAUUCAUGCUUAA